UCCUUUAAAAGGCAUCCAUAAACCUUUGUGAUAAACACUAGCACUAUCAAUUCCACCACCAAGCUCCAUUAUUAUCAUUAUCAAAAGCUUAUAGUAUUUGUUGAAAGCCCUUCAAUUUCCAUUUCCUUGAAGAAAUCCCUUAUACUUGAUCAAAAACAUUAUAUAAUUAUAUAGAUUUCCAUAUUCUUUGUCUUGCCAGCAAGUUCAGUUUUAGAUUAUCUUUAUACACACACACAUAUAUAGCUAUAUAUAAUUAAGGGUCGAAUUGAAGUUCAUUGAUCGAUAUAUAUGAUGUGGCGUAGGGUGACUACUUUAGGGCAAAACCUUCAGAACAUAAGAAAGAGUCCAAGAGUGGCUGAUGAGAGCAUGUUUGGAGGUGGGAAUAACCAAGCCGAGUUGCCAAUCAUCAUGGCUCAUGAUCAUCAUGGAAGAUCGCCUGCCAUAUGGAAAGGCUUCACAAUCAUAUGCAGUGUGGUUGGGGCUCCUAUUUUGUCCUUGUUCGCUUGCUUCUCUCAAUCUUCUUCUUCCCACCAUGUUAAUGGUGGAAAUAAUAAUAAUAACAAUAUUUCAGCUAAUUAUGGGGUUUGGGCCACAGGUGAGUUUGCUCAGAUAUCUGAAAUGAACCACCUCAUGGUAAGUGACAGCAUGCGUUAUGCAAUAUUGAUGUAAAAAAAAAAAAGAAAAAAAACAAAGAGUGGAGAUAUAUAAGGAAUAAUUAAUUAUGUAAGUAGCAAAACUAUUUUGUUUGCCUUAAUUAGUGGAAAAUUUUAGGUAAUGAAAAGGAUUCUGAGUCGAGUUUUCUGACUUUGUCCUUUUCUUGUAUACCGAGUUAAUUAAUAAUAUAUUUUAAUGUGUAUUAAACUAUUAUAUGCAGUGCAUAGCAAUAGCUAU